AUGAUAGUGAGGCGAGUGGGGGGCAAUUGCAUCAUUCGCGGAAUUAUACUGUUAUUAAUUUGCACAUGUCAAAAAAAAAAGAAAGAUGAACUAAAUUUCUAUCUAUCUAUCUAUCUAUCUAUCUAUCUAUCUAUUCAAGCCAAUAGUCAUGUCGUCAUAGACCAGGAUUCACUUAUUUCUCUUCGUCUUCAUUGUCCGAUAUUCAUUCACUUCUCUUUUUCUUCGUUGUCUAAUAUUCAUUCAUUUCACUUCGUCUGCAUUGUGCAACAUUCAUUCAUUUCCUUUCGUCUUCAUUGUCCAGCAUUCACUCAUUUUUCUUCGUCUUCAUUGUCCUGCAAUCAUUUAUUUCUCUUCGUCUUCAUGAUCCAGACUUCAUUCAUGCCUCUUCGUCUUCAUUGUCCAGCAUUCACUCAUUUCUCUUCUUCAUUGCCCAUCAAUCACUCCUUUCUCUUUCUCUUCAUUGUCCAGCAUUCCCUCAUUUUUCAUCGUAUUCAAUCUAGCAUUUCCUCAUUUCACCAUCCAGCAUUCUCAUUUUUCUUUUCGUCCUCAUUGUCCAGCAUUCACUUCUUUAUAAUCGUUUUCGUUGUCCAGGAUUCAAUCAUUUACCUUUUAUAG